CAGUCACACUACUACUACUACCUCAGAAGAGGGUAAGAGAGAAACAAGAGAGAGUAGUAGUAGUAGUACGAGUUUCUUCGUCAUUCUCACGAAUUUUUCUUUUUUGUUUUCGUCAUCUGGGUUUUCACAAAUUCUCUUCCUUUUUUAUUUUUAUUAUAAAAUCUUUCUGAGUUUGCAAAGUGCAAAUCUUUGUACUAACUGGGGUGGGUUCGUUGAUUUGUUUUUCUUCUUCUUCUCAUUAUAUUCUUUAAUGAUUUCUCCUUUUCCUAUUUCUCGAAAUUUGUGGUGUAAAAAUUUCACAUUUUUGAGGGCAGUUGAGGGAGGGAGGGCUUCUUCAAUCAUGUGUUUAUGAUGUUAUACAUCAUUAACAAGAGUUGAAUGAAUCUCCUUUUUUGACCGUUGAAAAGAGAGCAAAAACAAACAAUUAAAGCAAAGAAAGAAAUAAAAAGAAGAAGAUUUGUGUUGUUGUCUUGUUGAAACGCUUCUUUCUUGAGAGUUAUAUAAAGAGACAUGCGUUUCUUUUUUGAGCUUUUUCUUUGUGGCAUUGUUUUCCCCAAAUGUUGUGAGUUUUAAGAGUCUGUAAAAAAAAACAAGAAAAAAUUGGGUCUUUUUGAGAUUUUGUUUCUUUUAGAUUCUUUUUCAAAAUGCCGAUGUUUCAGCCGUUAAAGAGAGAUGGGUUAAUUGGAUUUGAAGGUGGUGGUGAUGGGCAAGUCUUAGAUCUGGAUACUGCUGUGAAAGAUGGAGUUCUCGGUGGUGUUAAUGGUGGUGGUGGUGUUGUUGAUGAGAAAUUGGAUCUGAAGACCAUGGUUAAGGAGCUAGAUUUACAAGAUAUACCUUCUGUUUUCAUUUGUCCCAUCUCCUUAGAGCCGAUGCAAGAUCCUGUGACCUUGUGUACUGGUCAAACCUACGAAAGGUCCAACAUUCACAAAUGGUUCAACCUAGGUCACUUGACUUGUCCCACUACAAUGCAGGAGCUUUGGGAUGAUACGGUUACUCCUAACAAAACUCUUCAUCAUCUCAUCUACACUUGGUUCUCUCAGAAGUAUGUGUUGAUGAAGAAACGCUCAGAGGAUGUGCAAGGACGAGCUAUUGAGGUUUUGGGUACUUUGAAGAAAGCUAAAGGUCAAGCUAGGGUUCAUGCGUUGAGUGAGCUUAAGCAGAUUGUUGUGGCUCAUCUUAUGGCCAGGAAGACUGUUGUUGAAGAAGGUGGUGUCUCUGUCAUCUCUUCUCUUUUAGGUCCUUUCACUUCUCAUGCUGUUGGAUCUGAGGUUGUUGCGAUUCUUGUGAGUCUUGAUCUUGAUUCCGAUUCUAAGUCAGGGUUGAUGCAACCUGCUAAGGUUUCUUUGAUUGUUGAUAUGUUGAAUGAUGGAUCCAAUGAGACUAAAAUCAAUUGCGCGAGGCUGAUUAAGGGAUUGGUUGAAGAGAAAGGGUUCAGAGCUGAGCUGGUCUCGAGCCAUAGUUUGCUUGUUGGGUUAAUGAGAUUGGUUAAGGAUAAGAGACAUAGAAAUGGAGUCUCCCCUGCACUUGGUUUGCUUAAACCAAUCUCUGUUCACAAACAAGUUCGAAGCUUGAUGGUUAGCAUUGGAGCAGUGCCUCAAUUAGUCGAUAUCUUACCGUCUUUAGACCCGGAGUGUUUGGAAUCAGCUCUGUUUAUUCUUGAUGCUUUGUGUUCAGACAUGGAAGGAAGAGUUGCUGUCAAAGACUCUGCAAACACCAUACCUUAUACCGUUAGGGUACUUAUGAGGGUGUCUGAGAAUUGUACUAACUACGCGCUCUCGAUUCUUUGGUCUGUCUGCAAAUUAGCUCCAGAAGAAUGUUCGCCUCGUGCUGUUGAGGUUGGUCUUGCUGCUAAGCUGUUACUCGUGAUCCAGAGCGGGUGUGAUGCAGCGUUGAAGCAGCGGUCAGCGGAGCUACUCAAGCUCUGUAGUUUACAUUAUUCAGACACCAUGUUUAUUUCCAAAUGCAAACUCACAAGGACAAUCCAAUAGCAACAGGUUACAUAUCUUUGGCAUCAAUUGAUCAUACAAGACAUAUCUCAGCGGAUAUGAAAUGGUAAAAUGCGAGUUGCGAAUCUGCCCCUACACCAAUGUAUAUAUAGAUGAAGAGUUCGGAACUCAAGCAAUCCACAGAUGGAAGCACAGGGGAAGAAGAAGCUGGGCGGGUAUGUAAUGUUUUCAUGUCGGUUCGGUUUGCAAUUAGCAUUGGGAAUUAGAAAGCUUGUGUAAAGUUACCACCUUUGGUUCAAUCAAUUUCAGAAAAAAAGGAAAAAGAAGAAUUUGAAGAAAGGAACCAUAUUAAGUCUCUUAUUGUUAACUUCUCUACUUGGGGUUCUUUUGAGAGGUUGUUUUGCUUUUUGACCAUUCACAACAGAAAAAGAAAAGAAGCAAAAUCUUUUGACCUGAAGUUGUUAGCCUCUUUUAAGCUUUUGAAUCAUUUGUUCUUUUUUCAUUUCUUAGAUUAGGAAAUUAGACUAUAAGCCUUGAGCUCAUGGUUCAUCAUCAUUAUUAGUUCAUCAUUGUUUUCCCCAGUCUUUUCAUCGUCUUAAAUGUGAAGUAAAUAUCAAAAACGUGAUUCUUGAAUAAUCAAUCACUGUUAUUGCAUC